ACGUCACACCUCGUGACAUGGACGCUUUCUUGAUUGUGACAAAUGUUCUUAUCAUUCAACUUUCCUUGUCUAUAAGAGUCUUGGGGUCGACUAGGAAAAUUUACAAGCUGGUGGAGGAGGCAAGGACGUGGUCGGAGGCCAGGGACUUCUGCAAGGCACAAGAUGGGGACCUCGGUGUAGUCACCGACUUCUACUCAAGUCCGGGGCGAUACCUUGCGCACGCUCUUGAGUCCACCCCUGACCUCAAGGCCUGGGUUGCAGGAAAAGGACAUGAUGAUGGAUGGGAUUGGUACGAUAAGCAACGAAAGCAAGCUGGAUCGGUCACUCCAAUGUCACAGCUUAUCGCAUACAGAGGCUGCGUUAAGCCCGAAUUCAUUAUGGGUGGAGUGCGAAUGAAGAAUAAUAAUGCUAUGGAUUGCUUUAAAAAAUGUGAAUGGAAAGGUGCUAUUGCCCUUAAGAGUUGGUAUUGUAUUUGUGAAUGGCGUCUGCGAAAUAUCACGGUGACCGAAACUGACUACUGUGACAUCACGUGUCCUGGACGAGAGGGCGAAAGGUGCGGGGGCAUCCAUGGCGUCUCCCUGUACCAAAUGAAUUCACGUGCCGUGCUGUGGGGGCAGGACGAACCCUUAGCAGCCAGGGGCUGUGUUUACGUGAACAGACCUUAUGAGGACGAACCUUGGAGCUGGCACGCCUCGCACUGUCACAUGAUCAGGCGUUUUCUUUGUAAAUACGACGACCACCAUAUCUGCGGUGUCUACCCAUCUUGUGUUCGGCCCUCCACCAAACCGGCGACGUGGGAGGACGCUGUAGAUGAAUGUCAGCUUAACAAUGGAACCAUUGCAACAGUUGACGUCACACACAUGCAUGAGAGUGAUGAAAUCAUCACAGUUCCACCUGGUCAGUUCUGGAUCGGUCUUAGUAAGCAAGAAAGCUGGAAAUGGACAAAUGGGGUACCUAUUCCGGCUACAUACUUCCAUGCCGACCGGUAUGAUAAAUGCACGAGCGACACGUGCGUCGUGUUACAAAAGAAAGGCGACCUCAAACUGGCCGGAGAUUUGUGUGAUAAUAGGAGACCUUUCAUAUGUCAAUUCUAUGUGGAGCACCAUUCACCGGUCAAGAACCCACCCUUUGAUCAGAAAGAUGACCCCUCUGUAGGGGUUAAAGGUCGGAAAAACAAUACCUCAACUGGGGACCCGGAUGUUGAAUCCAGAGAGGAGAUGUACAAAACCGUGAUGUACCUGGCGAUCGGAGUGGCCUCUGGGAUGGCUUUCGUCUUCUCUAUCUGUAUCAUAGCCUAUGUGGCUAGACGUUGCAGGCAGCGUUCCAAAUGGAAAGCAAGGGGAGGAUUCCGACAUCGCAGAGUCAACAACAAUGGAGGAUUUGUAAACGAAUCAAUGCACGGGUCCUCAUCAGCUCCGCACAAACAGGAAACGGAUGUAAUUCUUUACGACAUUCCUUGUGAUUCUCAAGCGUCGUCGGAGUCGCCUUUUCGGCGGACGCAGCGAGUCCUUCGCGAAGAAUCGUUACGGGAAACACCAUAUACACACACUCGAAGAGGAUCUGACGGGUACCGCAGUCUGUCCUGGAAACGAGUCCCUAGCGGCUCUAGAAAGGAAAAGGAUACCAAGCCCAGGGAGCGACAAUUCAGUCGCCCUGAGAUUCGAUCGGUGUACACGGGACCAGAGACGGAGAGGUCGUUCAUGGAUGCCAGUUACAUGAUCCAUCAGGUACAGGCACAAUGUCACAACGAUCGUCAGGUUCCACGCAGCGAGUAUGUAGAUAUUGAAACCACCGCCAGACAGCGCACUCGCAGAUUCUCCGACUUGGAGAACGAUGAUGCUAUUCACUUGGCAGACACGUAUAGUCAACCAGUUCGAAAUAGGAGACCAAGCGACAACGGAGCGUUAUCAUCAAUGGACACCAGUGAUUUGUAUGCUUGUGUACAUAAAGUCAUGUCAAAUCGAGACUGAUUUUAUUCAUAUUAAAACCACCGCCAGGCAAAGUACCCACAGAUUCUCUGGAGGACGAUGAUGAUAUCGACUCGGUACACACGUAUAGUCAACCAGUUCUAAACAGGAGGCCAAGCGACAACAGAGCUGUGGCAUUAAUGGACACCAAUAAUCUGUGUGCUUGUGUACAUAAAGUCAUGUCAAAUCGAGACUGAUCUCAUUGAGAAAAGGGCGUUGUUGUUGGCUUGAUAUGCAACACAAUACAUAGCUUUAAUGAAGUCAACCAGCUCAAAAGAGUAUCUUCUAUAUAUGCUUGACGUUAUCUUUUUCCUAGAUUUAAGGUACACUGCAAGUUAUACUUCCGGUUUUAAUAUCUAUGGUGAAAAUUGAAGUCAUGGAUAGGUUACCUCGCGGUAGCUUUCAGAUCUCCAGAUUGAAAAAAGAGCACAAAGAGUAUGUAAUGAUGAAAAUGAUUUUAUUUAUUUUAGCUGGUCUGUCUGUAUGCUCCCCGAUAAUCAUCGGCGGGAUUGUAUAGUCUCUGACUUGUCCGUCCAUCCUAAGACGAUUUGCGGUGUACCAAAUUAACGACCCGCAACCCCUUAAUCACAGAAAUUAGGAUAAUGAAACUUGAUGUAUACGUUUAUCAUACAAAUACCACAACUCCUUCAUUACCGAGUUAUUGCCCUUUGUUAAAAAUAUCUUUUCUGGAGCAUAACUUUGUUUACUGUGUUGUGUACCAAAUUCAGGGCCUUCAACUCCUCAAUUACAUAUUAUUUGCCCUUUUUAAAAAAUAUCUUGUCCCGAGCAUAACUUGCAUGCAUUUCAGGUUCGAUAAUAAAACUUGGUGUGUACAUUGCUUAUACAAAGACAAUGUGCAGUAUACCAAUGGGGCAGGAGAGAUGGUGGCUGGAGUUAUUGCCCUUUGUUCAAAUUUGUGUCAAAGGAAGUCAUGCUUUAUAAAGUUGGAAUUCUUUAUAUAGCAAAUCAUCUCUUGUUUUUAUCUAAACAUAUAUAUAUAUAUAUCAAUUUCCUAUCCUCACUAUGACUACAUUCGGUAUACUUUUAUUACAGUAGAAAUAUUUUCAUCGAAUUCCAUUUACUAUUGUUUGCGCAAAUAUUUGAUUAUCGCCUUUCGUAAUACUGUACACAUCUGUCUUCUCGUUUUGUGAGUUGAUUUCCGGUUAUUACCGGUACAUGUACAUUUACAAUUUAUCAAUUUGACUUGUGACUUUAUUGGGUGUCGUUUCUACCGUUUACUUUUAUGACUUUAACAGUACUUUAAAAGUUGUUCAGUCUUGUAUCAGUUACGGUCAGACAUGAUCCAGAAACAAACAUUCGGCGCUUGGAACGGUGCAGAAUCAAAUCAUUUAUCAACGUUUUUCGGGAUUUAAGAAUACAAAUGGAAAUCUUUCCGCAGUUAUUCCAGUUUUCCUUCGUCUGUAAUUUGUCCAUGGCUCUCGCCCGCGAUGGUGGAAAUGACAUACACUAUACACAACGAUGUGAUCAUAAUAUAUUGACAGGGUGAUAGGAUACACUGUUAUAUACCUUUCGCCAAAAGUUCUAGCUCACUGACAACGAAGUCCAGGUCUGAUUCUUGGAGAGCUGGAUUCGAAAUAGCCACACGGAAAAAGUUUGGCAAGUCAAGUAAAGGUUGAUAAGCUAGCAUCAUCGAACCUUUCUCCAUCAUCGCAGCCUUCAGUCUAGGAGCAACCUUUAACAUUUUAAAAAUUUACUUUCAUUAGUGCCGAACAAGGUCUGCCUAAUUUGAAGCUAUUGUAUAAACGAUAUUAUCUAUACGUCAUAGUAACUUAUUGUCUGAUUUUUAGACUUGUAGACUGAUAUAUUAAAUUUGCUUGCUAUAA